AUGUUUACACUAGCUAAAUUAGCGUAUUAUUCGUGCGACGAAAGUCAGAGACACUGGUAUAACACUGUCCCCAAGAAUAUUAUCAAUAUCAAUAUUAAAAGUUGUUGUGAUGAUCUUAUUCAAAUAACCAAGGGGACAAAACAAAUAAAUAGAUUAAAUACUAUACUAUGUGCCAGAGCCGCAAAAUAUGGACAUUUGGACUGUUUGAAAUUUUUUCGUCUCAUGAAAUUUUCUUGGAACGAACGCACAUGUUCUAAUGCUGCCCGUAAUGGUCAUAUAAAUUGUUUGAUAUACGCACAUGAAAACAAUUGUAAAUGGAAUUUAAGUACAACAGACUUUGCUGCAAAAUAUGGACAUUUAGAAUGUUUAAAAUAUGCUCACACACAUAGAUGUCCAUGGGACGAAAAAACAUGUAUGCUGGCAGCUUCUAAUGGACAUUUGGAAUGCUUAAAGUAUUGUUUUGAAAACGGAUGUUUGUGGAACGUAGACACUUGUACAUUCUCAGCGUAUAAUGGACAUUUUAAGUGUUUAAAAUAUGCACAUGAAAAUGGUUGCAGUUGGGACACUAAUACUUGUGCUAAAGCUGCAUCGGGUGGACAAUUAAAGUGUUUGAAAUAUGCUUUUGAAAAUGGUUGCGGAUGGGAUGUAAGUACAAGCUACAAAGCUGCAGAGAGAGGACAUUUGGCUUGUUUGAAGUAUGCUCAUAAAAAUGGAUGUCCAUGGGAUGGACAUGUAACCUAUAUUGCCGCAGCUAAAGGAAACCUAAGCUGCUUAAAAUACGCUCAUAAAAAUGGAUGUGAGUGGAAUGAAACAACGUGUGCAGGAUCUGUCAAAAAUAAAAAUUGGGACUGUUUAAAAUAUGCUCGUCAAAACGGUUGCCCGUGGGAUAAGGUGACACGCAUACUUGUUAUCCGUAAUAAACUCUUAAAAAAAAAAUAA